UGCCGCCUUCUCCGCGAGACCGACCCCAGGGCCAGACCGGGGCUUCUCCGGCGUGUCCGUGACGCGAGCUCGCGCCCAGGCCCGGGGCCCCGCGCGCGGCCGGCUCUGAGGCGCUGGCUCCGGCAGGGCAGGGCGGCUGCGGGGCGCGGCACGGGCCGUUGUCGCUUCCCGAGCUCGCUGGCGUGAGCGCUCCCGCCCGGGGCCAGCGCCUAACGGCCCCCGGGGCUGCGCCUGCGCCUGCGCCUGGCCCCUCCCCCGAGCCUGGGGGCGAGUUGAGGUCCGUGGCAGUGCGGAGCCGCCCGUAGGCGCUGCAGCACCGCCUGGCUCCAAGGGGUUCCCGUCAUAUCCCGGGUUACAGUUUGGUUCCAUGGCGCUCAGCGCCCCCACUGUCAAGACAGUUCCUGUGCCCCCUACCCAGGAAAUCUGCCAGUAUGGUUCUUAUGGGUCCUCUCAGCACGGCCACCCCCUCUCAGAUGGCUUCCAGUGGCCCAAGAGCCGACAGUUGGGAGCUCCUAUCCCUCAGGGACCUGGGCCUCGCACCUAGUUGUGCGGCGCUGCUUUAGGCAACACAGAAACAAAAUGGGGUCGGGCCGGCCACGUGGUGGGACCUUGCAGUACCUGCAAAGUCACACCCACCUGGAGGAUCCCAUUGUGUAGAGUAGGGUGACCAGACAGCAAGUGUGAAAAAUCGGGAUGGGGGUGGGGGGUAAUAGGAGCCUAUAUAAGAAAAAGCCCCCCAAAUCGGGAAUGUCCCUAUAAAAUUGGGACAUCUGGUCACCCUACUGUGGGGUGUCAGUCGGACCACUUCUAGGUGAUGAACUUCCUGGAAACUCCAGAUUAUUUCUGUGCGGGACGGAAAUGACCAGACUGGUUUCCUACCAUGCAGAUGGACUGUGGGUGAACGUAGCCCAUUAGUAGCUUUCAUUGGAAGGAAAAAUGGAACCCGCAGAGAAAAUCUAUCCUCUGGGAUAGAGGAGGCCAGCUGAAGCAGGUUUGCUGAUGCUUUCUCUCUUCUCCAGAAUGGCUGGCACUGUGCUUGGGGUGGGGCCAGGAGUAUUUAUCAUAUCGCUGCUCUGUGUCUUGAUGUUGCUGCUCUGCAUGCUGUUAUCCAGGACUUCCGGUCUCGCAAGAUUCUCUGUCAUUAUGGUUUUCUUCUCUGCUGUGAUCGUUAUACUGGUUCUGUUACUUUUCCCUCGUGCCAGUGAGUUCCCAGCACCAGCUACAGAAAUGAAGAUCGUGGACACCUUCUUUAUUGGCCGCUACGUCCUGGUCUCCCUUCUCAGUGUGACGUUUCUAGGAAGCCUGUUCCUGGUUCUGGUUCACCAUAUCUUGGAGCCAGUGUAUGCUAAACCACUCUGAGUUAACUAGCUAUUAUGAAGAAGGGAAUUCCCCAUGCUCCAAAGCAGACACUAAGUCAUCAGUUGGGUAAAGAAAAUAUGCUCCCCAAAUCUCUCCAGAAGUCUUUCUUCAAGUGCGGUUACGAUACCUACACUGAUUUCCAGAAUCAGCAUCUGCUUUCUGAGGUCCUGGCGUCUCCAGAAUGAAGUUGUAGAAUGUAUAUGCUUUGGACUGGAUAAUUACCAAGAGCUGCUGCUGUGUUUUUCAAAGCUGAGAACUGUUUCCUGGCAGAGACAGGCCUGCUUACAGACUUUAUCGUGUGUCUCCAGUAUUUGUUUCCAGGGGUAUAUCCAUGAUCUGUUCAAUGGAAAUUCAGCUGCUCUUGCUUCUCCUAUGCCUCAUCUACAGUUAUAGUUCUGGCUGAAACUUCCUAAAAGAUCUGAUCCUUACCUGAACCGCUGGCGUCUAAAAGUCAGGCUGGACAUCUUUCCAACAUAGGAGGUGGUGCAGAAGGCCAUGAUGGAGGCCUGUGCUGGUGCUUUUGGCUAAAAGUGGGAAGUGUGGAAAUACAUAAAUAAAAAGAGGGACUGAACUUGGAGGCUUUAGCCUAGUUCAGUUUGAACUCUGGGUGUCAGAAGUUUGGGUUGGUUUACUUUGCGUUUUUGUCAUCGUAAUCAUUCUUGAAACACCUGAGAAAUGAUUUCAGAGGCAGAAGCAAGUGGGGAGGGUAAACUCAUGGGAAAGCGAGAUCCUAUUUUUAUGGCAGUAAAGAAGCAGGAACAGGAAGAACCAAAUAAUGUUUCUCCGGCUUAGAAAGCACUGACGUGGCAGUUCAAAUGUGUUGCUUAUGCCCAGCUCUGAAUCCAGGGGCUCUUUCAGAGACACUCUGGCACAAGCAAAUGCAUCCGUGUUGCCAUUCUUGAGCCCGCUCUGAACUGGGGUUUACUUUGCCUCCUCCUUGUUCCCUUGGAGAGGGUGGGGGAGGGGAUUGUGAGCUCCACUGUGCAGGGAGCUGAAUAUGCAUGUCCCUAGAUAUUCCCACCAGCAUUUCAGGGAGAGAAACCUGAUGCAGAAGGUGGAAUCACUGAAGGGAUUUGAAGGGAGGCUGGAGAUGGCAUCUUGGGACAGAAUGGUGGGAGCAGAAUGGGGGAACCUCUCCCACAUGCUCUUCUGGGGGCCGAGGCCAUCUGGCCCUGAGCCCAGUGCAAGAGUGAAGUUUUGAAAAGCAGCUUGUAUAAAACCAUAACAUUUGAAAAAUGCUGCAGGAGGAGGCAGUGGAGGAAACUGUAGGACACGCUGCUUUCCAUGCAUGACUAGGCUACCUGGCACCAAACUUCCUACUGUAAUAAAAACCAUCUUUGGGCUGAGAUUGAGCCUGAGAAAUUGUAGCCCAGAGGGUAUUUUUCCCCAGACGCAUUCAAAGUCCUGUAUAAUUUAUGUGCCACCUUUAGACACUUCCCUAACACCCAUGGCACUUGGCAAAAACAGCGAUUGUGUAGCUGGAGCCUUUUAAUAAAGAAAUCACACAUUCAUUUCA